AUGGCUACAAUAACAGGAGAGCAAUAUAUUCGUACUUUGGCUCAAUAUAUUCGUUCUAAUGAACGAAGGAUGUUUGCUACUAGUUCGCCUCCACCUUCGUCACACUUAACUGGUCAUAGAAGGUCGGAUAGUGGUAGUUUCUCUAUGACAAAUCUUUGGUCUUUUUCUUCAGCGUUGACCAGUUCUUACUUUAAACCGUCCAUUUCGACAGCAUCAACUACUCCAACUUCACCUCCAGGCUCUACAGACUGUCGCAAAAAUAUCUUGAUUACCCUUGAUCUUUAUCACUUAUAUUAUUUAUUAACUCGGUUUAGUGAUUUAGGUCUUGAUGUUGGUUCCUUUGAAGCAGCUGUCGAUUUCAAGCGAGAUGAUGGAGGCAUACUUGAAAUUGAUUCAAAUGACCAAUUAGAAACUGCAUCAAUUACAUCUGUUAAUUCUAUGUCAUCUGCCAUGUCUUCAUUAUCACUUUUUACUGGGUGGCAAGGAUGGUAUAAUGCCGCCCAAAAAAAUGAAAAAAUUCCAAUAAAGUUAGAGAUUGUAAACAUACAUCGUGCAUUUACCAAACUUUCUGGCUUAAACCUUUCAAUUAAUACACAAAAAAAAAUUGAAGGUUCUGAAAACUGGCCCAUUGGAUCUAUGUUAUCUUUGACAUUUUUUAAAAAUUUGACUCAUUUUGAAAUUUAUGGAUUAUCACCUAAAAUGUUUGAUGGAUGGGAUAUAUUACAAGAAAAAUUGGAAUAUUUAUCAUUACAACGGGGAUCAAUUGAUGACAUUUAUGAUAUUUUACCACCUAGAAUCUGGUUACACCUGAAAGCAAUAAAUCUUUCUGAUAAUUCGCUCACCUUUGUAGCAAAUGAACCACUUUCCUAUAUUACCAAAUGUACAAGUUUGGAUCUAUCAAAUAAUCUUCUAAUUGCUGUCCCAGCAGGCUUGUCUCAACUUUACAAUUUACAAUAUUUGAAUAUUAGUAAUAAUAUGAUAGAGUCAGUUACGGGUAUUUAUGAUAUACUUACCAAUGUGACGAAAUUAGACUUACGAAAUAAUCGGGUAGAAAAUCUAUGUGGUUUAGAAAGAAUGUGGUCUUUAGAAUAUGUAGACGUGAGGGAGAAUCGAUUAACUGAUUGGGACGAAAUUGGAAGAAUGACGGAAUUACCGGGAAUAAAUCAAAUUUAUGUUGAGGGUAAUCCAUUUACAAAAUAUCAGAUUUAUCGUGAUAACGGCGUAGAAAUUAUUUUAGAUGGAACAGGACCUACCUAUAAUGAACGUCGUCAAUUGGUUACAAAUAAUAAACCAUCCGUUUUUUCUCUAAAGAUUCCUACAGCUGUUAUGAACGAUGAAAGUUUACUUUCAACUAGUCCAGGGAAAUUAGACGAUGAUAAACCUAUUCAAGUUCUACGAACUAAAAAGAGUCGUAAAUUUCAUAAACGGGUUGUUAAGUUGGAUGGAGAAGAUGAGAAUUAUAGUGGAUCGGAAUUGGCAGAAAUAAAAUCUAUUAGUUCUAAAUCAGGAAAGAAAAAGAAAAAAGAUAAACAUUUACAUGAGGUUGCCCUGCCAAAGCAUCGUCUUGUUGAAGUUGAAAAAGCAGUAGCAGCUGAAAAUAAUCCGGAACAAACAGCGGGAGAAGAUUAUAGACGAAAAAUUGAAGAGUUACGAACAGAAGGUGGAUCAGCAUGGUUGCGUGUAUUAAGUGAAAUGGAAUAUUCGAAAGGUGGUGGGGUUGAUAGAUUAAGAGAACCACCAAAGAUGAAAGCAGUUAUAGAACAAUUAAUGGGACAAGAACAGGCCUAA